AUAGGGUGCUGAAUCCGCACGAAUUUAAUAUCACGGUCUAGAAUGAAUUUAGCUGAUACUUACAACACAUACAUAUUUACACAUAUGUUGCUGCUAUGCUGCGCAUGCGCGAAUCGCAAAAUCGGGUGACAUUUGACGUAAUAUAUUCGCAGACGCGAGUGCUUCUUCCGUAUGGAAAGUCAGUAGGUAAAGUUUCGUGACUAUUAUUGUUUGCUAAAAUGCAGGAGUUCCAAAAUUCUCACGAUAGUAUUUUGCAUAAUUUGACAAGCGAGCAAAAGGAAUACGCAACGAAGGUUUUAAAUGAAUUUGACGAAAAUCGAGACAGCGCCAUCUCGGAGAUUAAACAAUGGAUUCAAGAGAGUGAUUUGCGUGCGCGAACUGAUGAUUUCUUCAUUUUGCGAUUUUUGAGAACCUGCACUUUUAAUAUUGAGAAAACUAAGAUCAAGAUACGAAAUUAUCAAAUGCAGCGAGCUAAACUACCGAAAUGGUAUCCGAAUACAGAUCCAUUACAAUCGAAACUACAGGAAUUGCUCGAUUUGGGAAUUUUUUUACCCUUGCGAAAAUUGGACAAUCAAGGAAGAUUGAUUUUUGUCUCGCGUCUUGUACAUGAUCCAGACGUAAUUACAUUAUCGGAAAUAAUUAAGGUCUCAUCUAUGAUCGGAGAUAUAGCCUUAAGAGAUAGCGUUGAAGCAUCCUUGUAUGGUGUAUCAUUAAUUACAGAUUUGGAACAAUUAACUUUGCGUCAUGUUACUCAAAUGACACCUUCUUUUCUAAUGAACGUGGUCCAUAUAUGGCAGGAAUGCUACCCCAUGAGAAUUCAGUCGCUUACUUUUAUCAAUAUGCCGGAAUAUGGUAAAUUUGUUUCGUCGAUAACUAGAUUUUUCUUGAGCAACAGACUGAAGGAAAAAUUGCAAAUCUAUUCGCGCAAAACGACGCACGACUGUUUCAAAGAUAUGCCAGCUAAUAUUUUGCCAGUCGAAUAUGGCGGUACUGAUGGUACAAUUCAAGAAUUAAAAGAAUAUUGGAAGAAAGUAGUUGAAGAGAAUCGCGAAUGGUUUAUCGAAGAUGAAAAUUAUAAACCAAUUUUUAAUUCUAAUCCUCAAAUAUAGUACCGAAUUUGAUUUCAUGUAUAAAACGUCGAGUUGAAAUUAUGUGACCUUGAAAAAACUGCUUGAAGAAACGAUUAAAAAAAGUUAAUAAAAUAAAACCGCUGCUAUUAACGCGCGAAAUGAAUUUAUAA